AGCAAGUUUAGACAUGAUACACAGAGCUACGAUCACUGCUACAUAGUCGUAGGCGAGACUUUACAUACUUUCAAUUGGAGUUUGGUAACGCGUUUAAAUACUUUUCAGCUUUUAUUACAGUUUAAGUAAGUGCUAGCUAGCUAGCAUAUUUAGCUAACUUGCUAGCUAGGAGAUAACUGUUAUUUGCACAGGUUGUCCAGUAUUCUGCAGAAACUUCAGUCUAUCUGCAGAACCCUUAGCUGUCUAGUAACGUUAGUCUGUUGACAUCCUAUAACUCUUAUAACACAGAUGAAUACUUCAACCUUGUAAGGGGUCAUUUAUGCUAUUGCCUUCAUAUAGCAAACUCUCCUGUCAUCCACAGUCAAGAUGCCAGUCCUCUGUAGCAGCUGUGCUGAGAAGCGUGCAGUGCUGAAACGUCCAAAGACGGCCCAUUCCCUGUGCAAAGAAUGCUUCUUCUGGGCCUUUGAGGAGGAGGUGCAUCAGACAAUAGUGUCAGCGCAGCUCUUCAAACAUGGAGAAACUGUGGGCAUUGGUGCCUCGGGUGGGAAGGACUCCACUGUGCUGGCACACAUCAUGAAGGUCCUAAAUGAGCGCUAUAACUAUGGCCUGAAACUACUGCUACUGUCAGUGGACGAGGGCAUCACAGGUUACCGUGACGACUCCUUGGAGACUGUGAAGAGGAACCAACAGCAGUAUGAGCUGCCUCUGAAGAUUGUAUCCUAUGAGGAGUUGUAUGGCUGGACCAUGGAUGCCAUUGUGAAGCAGGUCGGACUGAAAAACAAUUGCACUUUCUGUGGCGUGUUCCGAAGGCAGGCACUGGACAGGGGAGCCAUGAUGCUGAAGGUUGAUAAGAUAUGUACAGGUAAUAUAUAAGAAACAUAUUCUUAUUGAUCAGGCUUAUUUGAUCUCUUAUUUCAGAUGAGGUGUACUUUAAAUAGUCCCUCCAGGAUUUUGCAAUUCUUCGAUCACCGCACUACAAAAAAAGGGCGCUCAAUUUUAACCAAUCAACCAUUUUAUACUUUUACAGCAUAAAAUGGUUUGAUCAAGCAACAUGUCAACAAACUUUUUUCGCUUCGUCAGCGCAUUUUCGUGACAAAUUAGACCAAAUUUGCUCAAAUUGCCAUGCAAAAUGUAAUCAAUACCUCAGCAAAAUCAAGAAUUUUGGCCUGCAACUAUCACAAAAAAAUUGCGAAUUCCUGGAGGGACUGAUUUUUAAACACUGUUCCUGUGUGUGAUUCUGUUCUCAGGUCACAAUGCUGACGAUGUGGCAGAGACAGUUCUGAUGAACGUCCUCCGAGGAGACAUCGCCCGUCUGCGUCGCUGCACUGCCAUCAGCACAGCCAGCGAGGGCGAAGGGGUGGUGCCACGCUGCAAGCCCCUCAAAUAUGCUUACGAGAAGGAGAUUGUCCUCUACGCCUAUUUCAAGAAGCUGGACUACUUCUCCACAGAGUGCAUCUACUCCCCCAACGCCUACCGAGGCCACGCCCGCACCUUCCUGAAAGACCUGGAGGCUGUGCGGCCCAGCGCCAUCAUGGACGUCAUCCACUCUGGGGAGAACCUGUCAGUGAGGGAGGGCGUGAAGAUGCCCGUUCAGGGGACCUGCAGCCGCUGUGGCUACAUCUCCAGCCAGGCGUUGUGUAAGUCCUGUGUGCUGCUGGAGGGUCUGAACCGCGGCCUGCCCAGACUAGGAAUCGGAAAGCACCACCGCCUCCACAGGAAGAUCCUAUCACAGCAGCCUCUGACCCAGGUAGAGGAGAGGAAGCUCAAGGCUGUGGACUUCUGA